AUGCCUUCGGAACACGGUCACAGACUCUAUGUCAAGGGCCGCCACCUGAGCUACCAGCGUGGAAAGCGCAACACCAACCCCAACACCAGCUUGAUCAAGAUCGAGGGUGUUGACGAUAUCAAUGCCGCCAACUUCUACCUCGGCAAGAAGGUCGCUUUCGUUUACCGGGGAAAGAAGGAGGUUCAGGGCACCAAAAUCCGCGUCAUCUGGGGCAAGGUGACCCGGCCACAUGGCAACUCUGGCGUCGUCCGCGCUCAAUUCCGACACAACCUCCCUCCUCAGACCUUCGGUGCCACCGUCCGCAUCAUGCUUUACCCUUCCAACAUCUAA